GUCGACACAUCUCUAGGUGGCAGCCAUUUUUUCAGCUUUGUGUAAAAAAAAGUUGUGGAAAUUAAUAUUUUUUUACCAAGAAAACAACUGAGAAAUAUUAAAAAAAGUGUGCUUUUUGCUUACGGAAAGUAUGCCAAACUGAAGAUUGUGAACGCGUGCAGUGAUAGUGAACCUGAACCCACGAAAACAGCAACAUGGAAACUGUUGUGGCUUUCAACAAUGAGCUUUCCGGGCUCUAUGACAGCCGUCCACCCAUAUCCAAGGCCAAAAUGGCCGCCAUCACCAAAUCGGCGAUGCGUGCCAUCAAAUUUUAUAAACAUGUCGUCCAGAGUGUGGAGAAAUUCAUACUCAAGUGCAAGCCGGAGUAUAAGGUGCCCGGACUAUAUGUAAUCGAUUCAAUAGUUCGUCAAUCGCGGCAUCAAUACGGCACGGAUAAGGAUGUGUUUGCGCCCCGAUUUCAACGCAACCUUACGGAGACAUUUGCCAAUCUUUUUCGAUGUGCUCCAGAGGAUAAGAGUCGAAUCAUUCGAGUGCUGAAUUUGUGGCAAAAGAACAAUGUCUUUAAAUCGGAUGUGAUACAGCCCAUAUUCGAUUUGGCCGAUCCCAAUCAUCCAAUCUAUCAUCAAAUGCCACCUGUGGGUGUCGGUGGUGGCGGUGGAGGGGGCGGCGGAAAUGUGGGUCCAGGCCCCAGCAGUAGUGGAGCUUUGAGUCUGGCUGAUAUAUCUAGUGGAGCAAAUGGCUUAAAUAACAGCAUGGAUCUGAACUUAAGCAGUUUGACAGAUGAUAAAAUGGGCGGGGCAAUGCCGGAUUUAUCGCAUGACAAAUGCAAUUUAGGGGGCUCUAGCAGCAGUAACUCAAAACGUCAUCACAUGGAGCAGCAUUAUGCCAUGAAACAACAACAACAGCAGCAGCAACGAGGUCAAUCCGGAUCAAUAGCUGGCUGUAGCUCAAAAUCAAGCAAAUCUCAUCAUCAUAAAUAUGGGAGCAAUAAGUCCAGUUCCCAUGAUCUUGAUUAUGAUGUAAGAGAGAUUAUAGACGAUGACGAUGAAGAUGAUAUGCAGAUGUUAAUGGCAGACGAUCAUCAUUGUAUGGGCGACGAUUCACCACCAACAUCUUCAAAUCUAUUAGAUAACAACAAUCUGAAGCAACUGCUGAACGAUCCAAAUGUGUUGCGUCAGUUGCAGACUUUGCAGAAUUUUCAAAAAUUCAAGCAACAGGAGGAGAAUCAGAAGUUACGCUAUCAAGAUGAGGCAUUGCAACAGCAUUUGCAGAAUGUCCUAAAGGGUAAUCCUGGCUUGGGAAUGGGCAUAAACCUUAAUCUCAAUGAUGUAUCAGAUCUGAACAAGGAUGUUGAAUUUAUAUCGGAACAGCAGCCUAUUGAGGUUAUCAAUCUGGAUGGCGCCGAUUCGCGUAGUCCCACACCUGAUCGCGACCGUUAUAGUAAACGCAGCAGAAGGAGCAGCCGCAGUCGAAGUCGUUCACCGCGUGGUCGAGGCUCUGGUGGAGGCGCUGGCGGAGGCAAUAAUAGUGGCCGUCGACGUGGAGGCUCUUCACGUUCCCGUUCACGAAGUCGUUCACCUCGUUCAAGUCGACGUCGUGGUGGUUCCCGAGAUCGCGAUCGCAUGGAACGUAGCAAUCGGGACAAGGAGCGGGAUCGAGAGCAUGAGCGUGAGAGACGUAAGAAGGGUUUGCCGGAUAUCAAAAAGGAACAUCUGAGUGUUUGCAGUACAACUCUGUGGGUUGGUCAUCUAUCCAAACUGGUGUAUCAAGAAGAACUGUCGGAUACUUUCGGUGAAUAUGGCGAUAUUGUGAGCAUCGAUCAAAUUGUGCCACGCGGUUGCGCAUUUAUUGUAAUGAAUCGUCGUCAAGAUGCCCAUAAAGCGAUGCAAUCUCUCAAGAAUCACAAGCUCCAAGGCAGAGCCAUUACCAUUUCCUGGGCUGCUGGCAAAGGUGUAAAAAGUAAGGAGUGGAAAGAUUUCUGGGAUUUGGAAUUGGGUGUCACAUAUAUACCGUGGAACAAAUUGAGUCAGGAAACGGACUUCGAUAGUCUGGAGGAGGGAGGUAUGUUCGAUGAGGAUACCAUGCCUAGUUGGAUGAAGCAGAAGAUCAAUCAGGGAAAGAAUACAGUCAAGGAUAACAAGUCAGUGGAUCUGACAGCGGUUGCUGGCGGUGUACCACCCGUUCCGGUAGCGCCACCUGCCAUGCUCUUUGGAAUCGACACAACUCAACCGCCGCCAGUUGGCGGUCCGCCGCCUCCAGGGAUAAUGGGAAUGGGAAUGCGUGGUCAAUUUCCGCCAUUGGGCCCGCCCAUGGGCAUUAAUAUGCCGCCGCCGAUGAUGAUUCCACCGACGAAUAUGCCGCCACCCAUGAUGAUGCCGACAACCAAUAUGCCUCCGCCCAUGAUGUUGCCACCGACAAUGAUGCAACCCGGAUUUCCGGGCAUUGGUGGUCCUCCGCAUCCCAUGGGGCUACCUCCAGGAGCACCAUUUCCACCUCCCGGAGCUGUUCCUCCGCCGAUGGCGGCUGCAGCAGCACCUUCAAGUGCUGCGAGUAAUGUUAGCGAUGAUCAGAUGGAUGUUGAAAUGGAAUUGGAGGACGCUGCACCACCACCACCGCCCCAACCGCAGCCACCCAGCUUUAAUCCACAGCCGCAAAAUCAAGUAGAGGCAGCUGUCGCCGCCGUUGCCAAUGAGAUGAUGUUCCAACGUGAAAGGGAACGAGAACGAGAUCGUUCCCGUGGCCCUGGCUCUCGUUGGGGUGGUAGAGAUGAUGUUGCCGAAGCGGCUGAACGCUGGCGAGCCGAGAAUGGUGGCGGUCCAAAUGCCGCCUUUAAUGAGGCUCGAGCUCGUCUCAAUCUGAAUCCAAUGGAUCAUGGAGGCAUGCCAAGGCCAGACUUUAUGGGCGACUUUGAUAAUCGCGGUGGCCCGACUCGUGGCAUGGGUCCUGGGCCUGGUCCACGCAGUGGGAACCACAAUGGAGGCCCCGGCGGCCCAGGUGGCGACUUCUUUUCUCCAAACAAUAUGCCACAAAAUCGUUUCAAUCAACCAACCAGCUUAAUGCAAAUGCGAAUUCCUCCGCCAGCAGCGUUCAAUCAACGCAUGGGAGGACCCCCUGGAGUAGGUGGUCCUGGUCCAGGCCCAGGUAAUCCUGGAAAUGGUGGACCCAUGUUUAUGCGUAAUAACAACCAGGGAGGUGGUGGUGGCGGUGGCCCAGGCAGACAGCAAGGUUUCUUCAAUCCCCGCAACCCAUUCAACAAUGAUAAUCAACGUGGGAGAGGAGGUCCUGGUGGCAACAACAACAAUCGCUUCCGUGAUCAAGGUGAGGAUCGCAGACAAGGCAACUCUCGUGGCGUUGGUGGUAAUGGCGGUAAUCGUAUGUCACGCGAUGAACGUUCCGCCGGAGGUGGUAAUAGACGAAAUUCUCGCGAUGAGAAUAGCCGCCAUUCGAUUAGCUCCACGGAUGAUAAUCUAAGCAACAAUAACAACAACAACAACAAGCAAAAUAAUGUGGAGCCGGCGGUAACAGAUGCCAAAAGCAGCCUCAGUAAAGAUAACUCAAAGCAGUCAGAGCGACAAGACAAUUUGAUUGCAGCAGCAACAGAAACAAAGACAACGCCGACGACAGCAACAACAACUGCGGUAGAUACCGAAGAGGAUUGGGAUCGCGAGCUGCAGGAAUAUGAUGCAAGAAUGGAGGCCGAAGCAGCAGCUGCAGCGAAAGCUGAAUCAAUAAAGCCAGUUGCCGAAGAGGCUUUUGUUAGACCAGUUGUGGAGGAGGAUGCUGUAAAGCCUGCAAAUGCGUCACCCGCUUGCACUCCUUUGUACGAUGAAUUGCCUCCACCGGCGCCAACUCCUCAAGCGCCGCCGUCAGUGACGCCAGUGGUGGAACAACAAGAACAUAUAGCACCUGAGCCGGCUCAAGAGGCUGCCUCUCCGCCACCUCCUCCCAGAGUACCAACUCCAACGCCCCCGCCUGUCGCUGAUGCUGCGGCACUACUGGAGGCUAAGGAGGAAAACGUUACAGCUACGGCUCCUCCUUCGCCAACUCCCGCUCCAUCAAACACAAAGGAGACAGUCAAUGAAGCCGAAACAGUAGCAGCUGAUGAAUCGGAGACAUAAACCCAAGACCAGCAGGAAAGACCAACACUUAAAUGGCUAUUUUCGAGUAGGAACACCCUGUAAUUUGUAAUUUAUGAUUUUCCUUACCAUGUAAUUUUACAUACACACACACAAUUCGGACAUUUUUCCAUACACUUUUUAUAGCUUUUUGAGAUUACAAUUAUAUACACGCAUUUGUUGACUAGAACGCGUCACUCUUACUAUCCAUUUAAUUUCAUUCUUAAUAUAAGCUCGCAGCCACUAAAA